CCCAACAUACCAACUGCAAAUGCAUUUACCAUGAAGUGUCAAAAGUUCAGCUAGAGCUGACCCAUGCAUCAUUUAGCCAGGACCCGUUUGUCAGUAACCUGACUAAGCCUUUGAAAGAUCAAUUUGAUAAAUAUUGGAAUGAUUGCUUCCUGGUUUUGGCAGUUGCUGUAGUUAUGGAUCCAAGAUUUAAAAUGAAGCUUAUUGAGUUCAGCUUCUCAAAGAUAUAUGGCGAGGAUGCUGGGAUGUGGAUCAAGAUCAUUGAUGAUAAUGUUCAUGAACUGUUUUACGAAUACAGCACUCCGGCACUUCCUCCGCCAGAAACUUUUGUGGGAGGAGGGAAUGAGAUCGUCCCCAAAACAGAGACACUUGAAGGAGCUUCUCAAGAAAGCCAUAACAUAGACGUAUCCUCUCAGGAUGUGACUCUUAUAUCUGUCGGCGAUGGGCUUUCGGAUUUUGAGGUUUAUAUUUCCGAGAUUACUAGCACUCAGCAGAUGAAGUCAGAAUUAGAUCAGUAUCUUGAGGAGUCUCUUUUGCCCCGGGCUCAAGAGUUUGAUAUUCUGGGUUGGUGGAAAUUGAACAGGAUCAAGUACCCAAUUCUCUCAAGGAUGGCUUCGGAUAUUUUGUCUAUACCAUUUUCUACGCUUGCUCCUGAUUCUCUGUUCGACACCAAAAACAAGAUGAUGGAUAGCUACCGGGGUUCAUUGCGACCAGUGACACUCGAAGCUCUAAUUUGCGCCAAGGACUGGUUCCAGUAUGCGUCAUCAACUUCACAGGUCCAAAGUGAGACACUGAAACCGGAUUUUAAAGUAUAGGUUUAGUUAUUUUCUUGUAGGAUUGGUUUUUAGCCUCUAUAAUUUUUUAGAUAUUGUAAUUUUUUUUUCUUACAGUUCUGGAGAUGCCUGGGAUUUUUGUUUUCUGAAUUCAAAAGAUAUUUGUUGAGCUAGUACUGCCAUUAGUCUUGAAGACAGGAUCUGAACUACUAUGCUGGAUAUUAGUUAUCCUCCAUAUAUAAACCUCACAGAUGAUAAUUUAGUGAAUAACAAUGCUUGUUCCUUGUAA